GCCCCUUGAUUCGCCCCCCUCUCGUAGGUGAGAGAGAGGACCUUGUUGCAUAUGUUUAGUGCGAGUUUCUAGGUUGGUAUAUCGCUGAAUUUGUCCCUUUCGAUGCUUGCGCUUGUGGGGACUCUGGGGCGUCAUGGGCUUGGCUGAUAAGGAUCUUCCGAUUGAACACCCUCUUAGCCUAGAUGUAUAUGGUGUCUAAUAAGAGAGACCUAACACAUCCUCAAGCCAAGCCGUUUGCUUCCCGCAGUCAAGGAUUUCUCUUGGUGGCGCCUAGCAUGUGUCGAUAGAGGGAUAUUCAACUAGUAUGAAAACCGCAGCCUCUGUUGGGGCUCAGGGCCCGAAUGGGCACACUUCCCAUAUCAACCCGUUCAGUCAAUACCUGCCUACAGGUCUCGGGGCUAUGGCCAGCGCUGGGGGACAAUUCUCCAUGUUCUCGGCUCGCCAAGUUUUUCCUGAGAGCAGUCAGCCGGCACGGCUACCGGCAGUAAUACAGUCGGGUAAUGUAGCUGCCGACAGGCUUCUAGGUGCGAGUGGCGCCAUAGCCUCGACCGCGAUUUCGACCUUAAAUGGUAGUGCGAUGCAGCCCUCUGUCAUAGGGGGCUCGAGUGCCCUGCAGAGGUUAAGUGGACAGUCUGCGGAUACUGCGACCACCAGCAUCGCCACGCUACAUGCACCCAAUGGUGGUGCGACUGUAUCCCGCGAUCAUAUCCCUGACUUGACGACGAGCUCAUACUCUAUGCCCUCGUCCGGCUCCAGUCAGACCAAGUCCGACUCGCCGUCUACAACUCUGACCGGCGCUCUGUCCUCGGGGUCCACUUCUAUCACGACCGAUCCCCCACCCCAGAGCCGAUCGGAGCAUGUUCCAAUCCCCAUCAAGUAUCGCCCGCGAUCAUCGAUUCCAUCGCGAAUGCCGCCAGCAGUGUAUGCUCAGCAGUGUGUGGCGGCCGCGUAUGCCUCUCGGCUCAAUCCUUACUCCUUGCACAAGAAGGAGCAAGAGGCGCUCCAGGACCAUCUCUGUCAUUUACAUGUCACUGUGUAUCUGAACAUCCGGAAUGGCAUCUUGCGAUUGUGGACGCGAAACCCAAUGGUGAGCGUCACCAAAGAGGAAGCGCUAGGAUGUACGAAAGAUUAUCGCUGGGUGAAUCUUGCCACAUUCGCUUAUGACUGGCUCAUAAGGAAUGGAUACAUCAAUUUUGGGUGUGUGGAAAUCCCCACCGCCCUGGUACCCCCUAGGAAGGGGCGCCGGAAGGAUGGCCCGGUGAUCGUGGUUAUCGGAGCAGGCGUAGCGGGCUUGGGGUGUGCGCGGCAACUGGAGGGACUUUUCCACCAUUACCGCGAUGCGGACUCGCCCCCGCGGGUAAUUGUCCUGGAAGGGAGACGCAGGAUCGGCGGUCGUAUUUACUCGCAUCCGCUACGCAGCCUGGAGUCUUCGAAACUAGCCCCAGGGAUGGUUCCCAAGGCUGAAAUGGGCGCUCAGAUUAUCGUGGGUUUUGAGCAUGGCAAUCCGUUAGAUCAGAUCGUUCGCGGCCAGCUAGCUCUCCCCUAUCACCUGUUACGUGAUAUUUCAACCAUCUAUGAUAUCGAUGGCUCAGCGGUAGACGAAGCUCGGGAUGCAACAGCUGAGAUGCUGUACAAUGAUGUCCUGGACCGGUCAGGCCUCUACCGUCACAAAUCCGUGAUAGUUCCUACGGCAGAAGGUGAUCGAGACUUGAUCGAUAAUGGUCGGGACAUCGUGACCAACGAUGGACUCACUGUCAGGCAGUAUGAAGAGGCGAGGGCUGCCGGCACCAUUGGACUCCUGUUUCCUGCCAAAAAGAUCCGUAGAGGUGUGGGUCACAAGACAGCAGAAAUCAAACCAGUCGGUGUCCCGUUAGCCGUCGACAGCAACGAAGAGAAUCCAACCAAGCUCGCUUGUCAGACAAUGGGUUGGAGCCUGAAACCGGGGGUUUCAGAAACCGAAAAGGUCAAUCUAGAUCCUACAGCGAAGGCCUCUCGGCAUCAGACUCUGGGGGCCGUCUUAGACGAAGGGGUCCGGCAGUACCAGCGCAUGCUGCCGCUGACCCCUAAGGAUAUGCGAUUAAUGAACUGGCACAUGGCCAAUCUAGAAUACGCGAACGCUGCUAAUGUUGGCAAGCUCAGUCUCUCCGGCUGGGACCAGGAUAUGGGCAACGAGUUUGAAGGGGAGCACUCGCAGGUGAUCGGCGGAUACCAGCAGCUUCCCUACGGCCUAUGGUCGUUGCCUACCAAGCUUGACGUUCGUCCUAACAAAGUUGUUUGCAACAUCGCUUAUGAUCAGACUGGGCGCGGCAAACAGAAAGCCGUGGUCCAAUGUGAAGAUGGUGAAACCUUCAUGGCGGACAAGGUGGUCUUCACAGGGUCACUGGGCGUCUUAAAGUACCGGAACAUCCAGUUUUCUCCUCCUCUUCCGGAAUGGAAGCUGGGGUCCAUUGACCGGCUAGGCUUUGGGGUCAUGAACAAGGUGAUUCUUGUAUUCGAUGAACCCUUCUGGGACACGGAACGCGACAUGUUCGGUUUGUUGCGCGAGCCGCAGAACCGCGACAGUAUGAGACAGGAAGACUAUUCCGCCCAUCGAGGCCGCUUCUACCUCUUUUGGAAUUGCAUGCGAACAACCGGCCUGCCUGUACUCAUAGCUCUGAUGGCCGGUGACGCCGCCCACCAAGCUGAAUGCACUCCGGACGCCGAAAUCAUCGCCGAAGUAACCAGCCAGCUCCGCAACGUGUUCAAGCACGUUGCUGUGCCAGACCCUCUGGAGACAAUCAUCACCCGCUGGGCCAGCGACAAAUUCACCCGUGGGAGCUAUUCCUUCGUCGCCGCGCACUCCCUCCCCGGCGACUACGACCUGAUGGCUCGGUCAGUGGGCAACCUGCACUUUGCCGGUGAAGCCACAUGUGGCACCCAUCCAGCCACUGUUCACGGCGCAUAUCUCUCUGGUCUGCGCGCAGCCUCGGAGAUAAUCGAGACAACCCUCGGACCCAUCGAGGUACCCAUCCCCCUCGUCCCGGAAAAGGGCACCAAGGUCGUCCCAGCGGCGGAGUUCCUCAACACUCCGCCGACGACGACUGCAGCCACCGGCCGAAAGCGCAAGCAACAACACCUUCACCCUUCCACAACGUCCAUGAUCCCAUUGCCCAACCAACAACCCUCUAACCCGGACAACCCCAACCCCUCUCCCGAAUCUCUCGCCCGCGCAGCCUACGACAAAGCGAUGUGGGCCUCCAUCUACUCCGAACUCGGCCCUCCCGUGCCCCGUCCGGCCCGGACAGUGCUCAACCCGUUCCUCCUCUAUCAGAAGGACGUCUGGGCCCGGUGCCGCGCCCAGUGCGACGAGGCCCGUCGCGCAGCCACGAACGACCCCACCGCCAAAGCGGCCCGCGACGAAAUUCGUCAAGCGCUGGGGCGGAUGUGGCGCCAGGCCAACGAGGCAGAGAAGCGGCCCUACCUCGAGCAAAUCGAGGUAAACCGGCAGACCAACACCUCAAUUCAGGAACAGUGGCGGCGGGAGUUGACUGCGUGGGAGAAACUAGCCCAGCAGGUCCGGGAGCGGUGGUGCAACGAUAAUCCGUUCGAGGCAUGGGCAGAAAGAGAGUUCGGCGUUCGUCCGGGGACUGGUCAUUCUGGUGGCGGUGGUGAUGGCAGCGGUGAGGGGGGUGUGCUUCUGAAUGGACUCGCGCACGCAAGUAGUAACGGCAGUCAGGACAACGGCCAUCUGACACCGAUUGCUGCUGUUGACACACCUGCGUCUGCAUCUGCACGGGCUACUGUUCCCCCUGCUGAUCAGCAGCAACCGAACGGUUUGUCCCAUCCUUAAGUGACUAGACCAUGUUACUGGUAGUAUUUAGUUAUACUAGUCUUGUUUGC